AUGAGCACAAAUCCAAACUCUAAAGGCAGCGGCAGUCGCGGUGGCCUUGGAGACAGAGUCAGAGGCGGCUUCCAAGCGGUUCAUGGCGUGGGCGACAACAUACGUGGCACAGCGCUGGGAUUAGUGGACACUGCAACGGGUGAUGGGGUUGCAAAUGACGAAAUCGCUCGCAGGGGUCGGGUAGAGACUUCGGAGGGGUUCGCGAAGCUCAUGGGGAGAGGAGGUUCUGUCAGCGGCAAUACUACGUCACAUCCCCACACUGCUGCUACAGGAACCGGCGGAGGGGUCGGCCAUGCGCAUGAUCCCUUGGCUGGUAAUGUGCCUGAUCAGACUUCCCGCCCAGUACCUCCCGUUCCCAGCUCCAACCAGCCUACAGAUAUACCGACAGGCCAGCAGUACAAUGAGGGCGCAUACGGCGGAGUACCUGCGGCCGGCGGAUCACGCACGAAUGGUCCUGGGUACGGUAUUGUCGCAGGCGCAGGAAGAAGCGGUCCUGUAGAAGGAGCUGGGUCAGCAGGAUACGAUUCGGAAUGGACAGAGUGGACUCACACUCAGAAGAAUCACCCAACGGGACCUGGAGAAGUCGUUGAGUCAGGUCGCACGCGUGGAGACCGCGUGGGUGCUGAGGGACCAGUACUGGGGUAG